CACCUGCCGGCCCUCAGGAGCUCCGCUUCACCGAGGCUGUCGUCCGGCAUGGCGGCGGCGGCCCCAGAAUACCCUGCUGCAUGUGACUUGUUCAUUUUGUAUGGAAAAGAUGCUGGUGAAUGGUGUCAAUAUCUUCAGAGCCUCUUCAACUCAUGCCAAGAAGUCCAGAGCUAUCAAGUGGAGAGUGGAACUGUUAUUCCCAUGGAGGUGUUGGAGAUCUUCAAGAGCAGCAGGUGUAUAAUUAUUUUACUGUCCUCCGAACUGGUGCAGAGCUUCUAUAUCCCAGCUGUCCUUCAGAGCCUGCAGAAUGUCCUCCAGCCGCCUCACAAAGUGGUGAAACUGUUCUGUGGUGUAUCAGAAUGUGAGAAUUACCAAGAGUUCUUCAAAGACUGGUCCCAGUGGAAACAGCUUACCUGUGAUGAUGAUCCUGAUGCCUAUAUUGCAGCUGUCAUGAAGGCUAUUUCAGAAAGAGAUUCUGGUUGUGAUUCAGUGACUGAUGCAGAAGUGGAGGAUGACAGAGACCUACAAGAUUCGUGCAGUACUACAAUGAGUCGGCAGCAUGGGACCUUAGUGACCACACCAGGAAGUCUAAUUGCAGUGCAGCCGGAUCGCAUACGCUGUGGGGUGCAAACGAUAGCUUACAUCAUCUUAAAAUGUAAGUUGGAUAGCCAAGUAAAAAUGGAAGUGGAAUUUUCUUCUGAGAAACACCAGUCAGUACAAGCACCAGCCAGGAUGGAGAACGAGUAUACAGUCUCAGUUUGCACACCUGACUUAUCACCUGGAAUUGUAUGCCUGCGAUUGUUUUCUGGGGAUUUAAUGAUAGCUGAAGCAACCAUCAGCUAUUACACGGACAUGGAAGAAAUUAGCAAUUUGCUGGCUACUGCAGCAAAUCCAGUGGAAUUCAUGUGUCAGGCAUUUAAAAUAGUACCUUUCAACACAGAAGCUCUGGACAAAAUCCUGACAGAGUCAUUGAAGAAGAACCUUCCUGCAUGUGGCUUGCAUCUCUUAGGCAUCAACCAGCUAGAAGAAGAAGACAUUACUAGCCAGAGGGAUGAAGAGCUGCCAACUCUGCUGCAUUUUGCUGCAAAAUAUGGGCUGAAGAACCUUACAGCCCUAUUGCUUACAUGCCCAGGAGCGCUGCAGGCCUACAGUGUUGCCAACAAGUAUGGUUUCUAUCCCAACAACCUUGCAGAAAAAGAGGGUUUCAAAGAUCUCCGGCAGUUCAUUGAUGAAUAUGUGGAGACAGUAGACAUGCUGAAAAGUCACAUAAAGGAAGAGUUGAUGCAGGGUAAGGAAGAUGACUCUGUUUAUGAGUCCAUGGCUCACCUCUCCACCGACCUACUGAUGAAAUGUUCUCUGAACCCUGGCUGUGAUGAAGAGCUCUACGAAUCUAUGGCUGGUUUGGUUCCCAGUGCUACAGAGGACUUGUACGUAGAAAUGCUUCAGUCAGAUGCUAGCAAUCCCUUUUCACGGACAACAAAGGCUUACAUGAUGCGUAAGUUUUUAGAAGGUGUUACUGUGGAUGUGCCAGAGCUGAAAGAGAAUAUAUACCAUAAAUCUGAAGAUGAAGAACUCUAUCAUACUGUGGAGCAGGGAAGCUUCCCUCAGGAAAUGGUCAACAGACCACCUGUUCCUGUGCCAAGACCUGAUCCCUCCUCUAAACAACAGGACAAAGAAUCAUACAUUUAUAAAGUAUUUGCAGGUAAAGAUCAAGAGAGACCUGGGAAUCUCUAUGUGUCUGCCCGGAACAUUAAAAAAGGACAAGGAGACGCCACUUUAAACCAGUAUCGAACCAGUAUCUAUGACCCAUUUGCUGGGAUGAAAACCCCAGGCCAAAGGCAGCUGAUCACUUUACAGGAGCAAGUGAAGCUGGGGAUGCUCUCCGUAGAUGAAGCUGUCCUGUGCUUCAAGGAGUGGCAACUAAAUCAAAAAAGGAGGUCAGAUUCAUUUCGCUUUCAGCAGGAAAACCUGAAAAGAUUGCGUGAUAGCAUCACUCGACGACAAAUUGAGAAAAAAAAGGCUGGCAAAGAUACAGACUUGGAAAUCACUGUGCCUGUUGGACAUUUCCAGAAUGCGCCCAAAAAACCAGAAUGUAGCAUAUAUGAAUUUAAUCCCCGGAAAAACCUCUUCCCACCAAAGCGAGGAGAAUGGAAAACAGAAAGCACCUCAAGCACUGCAAGUAGUUCAAGUAACCGAUCCAGUACACGAAGUAUACUGAGUGUUAGCAGUGGGAUGGAUGGAGACAAUGAGGACAGUGAGUUGCCAGAAAUGAAGAGAAACUUCAGCAGCGGGGCUCAGCAAGUGGACAAGCAGCCCUGCAUGCCACCUGGAAGGCCUCCAAGAAUACCUCCUCGAGUUGCUAGCAGGCCUUUGAGCAGUGACAGUUUCUAUCCUCCCCCUGUGCCUCCAAGAGGUCGCGAAAUGCCACGCUGAAUCUUUGGAAUUGUGAAAACUUAAAUGUGGGAAUGCAUGGUUUCUUAUCUUAAGAUUGACUCUUCAGUGGUAAUGAUUAAAGCAUCCUCAGCAGUCGUUUUCUCCUUGACCCCUGCUCAAAUGAAUAAUUUUGGAGGUUCCUUUAAAAACUGAUUCAAUGCUGAAAGGACAAGACAUUGGAGUCCUCUGACAGCAGUGGCUUUUCAGAAAAAUGAACUGGUUACAGCACAAAAAUGGACAUGUUGAGCUUGUUGGAAAGUGUCUGAUUCAUCGGUCUUAGCCACACCAGACCAAAGAUGUCUAGAUUUUCUCAAGAAUCCUUCAACAUCAAAAUUGAGUAUUUACAAGCAGAACCUUUUGCCUAUUUAUCUACAAAUGAGGUAGUCAACUUGAUAUACACUGUAGUAAUUCCUUUAAAACCAGCACAGAUGUUACUGAUUUUAUAAUGGCUAUGUAUGUCAGACGACCAAACUAAUGCCUAAAGUUGCUUUUCAUAUAAUAUAAAAAUAAAGACACACUGAGUAAUGUUUUGCACUUUAAGCCCUAUGUCUUAAAACACAGGAUCUUCAUGGAAUCGUAUGCUUGCCUUUGCUGUGUAUUAUUUCUGUGGCAAUCUGUCAAAAGCGCCCACUAAACUAUGGAUUCAAAGGAACCCAAGUUCUGUACAAUUUAUUAACAUCAAUAAAGUUUAUGAACAGAAGUUCAACUUAACAUA